UAAAUGUCAUUUUAACUUACAGAGUCUGUCUCCAGCCUUAUUGCUCAGUGCUUCAGUUUGUGAGUGCCCGGUUUUGUUCCUGCUACUCUCGGAGCGCAUAACUCAGCGAAGGUAUGCCCCAAACGCUGAGUUCUACCAGUAUGUUUACCCCAUGUAGCUUCAGCCCUCAUCUACAUACUUCUAAAGAAGAUGAACAAGGAGGGCUUAUCUUCCAGGAUGGAAACCUUACCUCAGCAUCUCUGGAUGCUCUAAUCCAGCAUCUCAUACCUACCACUGAUUACUACCCUGAGAAAGCCUAUAUCUUUACAUUCCUGCUGAGUUCCAGACUCUUCAUUGAACCCCACGAGCUUUUGUCCCGAGUUUGUCACAAGUGCAUUGAGCAGCAGCGGCUGGACGACCCUGUGCUGGACAAGGCACGGAUCAGAAAAUUUGGACCCAAAAUCUUGCAGUUGCUGACGGAGUGGACAGAAACUUUCCCGUAUGACUUUCAGGAAGAGCGGAUGAUCGGCCAUCUGAAAGACAUGAUUCACAGGAUAGCCCCGUGUGAUGAGGCCUACUGGAAGAAGAUGAAUCAGCUUUUGCAGACCCUGAAUCAGAAGCUUGCCACCCUCAGCCAUGGGCAAGAAGGGAUUGUCAAGAUCAAUGCUGCUGUCUCUGAUAAGCUGGUUGCCUUUAAAAGUAAACCUCCAUCAAUUCAGAGAGAAAUCCUGAGCGUCUGCAGUGACCCUUACACUCUGGCUCAGCAGCUGACACAUGUGGAGCUGGAGAGGUUAAGUCACAUCGGACCUGAGGAGUUUGUGCAGGCAUUUGUACACAAGGAUCCUCUGGAUGGCACCAAGCCUUGUUUCAGUGACCAGAAGACCAGUAACCUUGAGGCUUAUGUGAAAUGGUUCAAUAGGCUCUGCUACCUCGUAGCAACAGAAAUUUGCAUGCCUGCAAAAAAGAAACAGCGAGCACAAGUCAUUGAAUUCUUCAUUGAUGUCGCCCGAGAGUGCUUUAACAUAGGGAACUUUAAUUCACUGAUGGCAAUCAUUUCUGGAAUGAACAUGAGUCCUGUUUCCCGGUUAAAGAAGACUUGGUCAAAAGUAAAAACAGCCAAAUUUUUCAUUCUUGAACACCAGAUGGACCCCACUGGUAACUUCUAUAACUACAGAACGGCACUGCGGGGGGCUGCUCACAGGUCCCUCACUGCACACAGCAAUAGGGAGAAGAUUGUGAUCCCUUUCUUCAGCCUAUUGAUCAAAGACAUUUAUUUUUUGAAUGAAGGAUGUGCUAAUCGCCUUCCAAAUGGACACGUCAACUUUGAAAAAUUCCUGGAACUGGCUAAGCAAGUAGGAGAAUUUAUAACAUGGAAGCAAGUGGAAUGUCCCUUUGAACAAGAUGCUAACAUAAUCCACUACCUGCACACUGCUCCCAUUUUUACUGAAGAUGGUUUAUAUCUGGCUUCUUAUGAAAGUGAAAGUCCGGAAAACCAGACAGAGAAAGACAGAUGGAAAUCCUUAAGAUCCACUAUUUUAGGAAAGACUUGAAGAUAAAGAGAUCACUGCAGUAGGUCAAAGAAAAGAAAUCCGCAAACAUUUUGCACUACUGAUUCCAAAGAUGCCUGUUUGGGAUUUAGACAAAUUCUUUUUUUGGGUUUUUUGUUAGCCUUUUUUUUUUUUUUUUUUUUUUUUUUUCUUUUUUUUUUUUUUGACUGCCUAAUGUGAUGGAUGAACUGGAUUCAUCCACUGAAAUCAACAGAACUGUGCACAAGGACGCUUUUCUAACUCUGAGACAGAGAGGAAGGACAAACAGAUUAUUUGUGGCUGUGCCCAAACUGCGUCAGGAUCACUGUAACUUUUGCCUCUGAAGGAAAAUAGAAGAAAAUCAGGAGCAUGGAGAACCAUGGUACUGCAAAGGGAAAAAAAUAUAUAUAUAGACAUAAAUAUUUCAGAAGCAGGUGCUUCAGACAGCAGCUCUUUAAACCCUCUGAGGAUUAUAAAAUCAAAUCAGACACAGCAGCAAUCUGGUUAAUUGCUGAAUGAAGAAAGAACUACUUAAUCUAACAUUAGCAGUCCCCCAGCCUUGUUGAACAAAGCACUGACUGCUACAGGUAUAAGCUUCCAGUGGAUGAAAAUGACAUCAGUCGCUCACAGAUACCCAUGUAUGUCACAUACAGAUCACAUCAGCAUGGGAGAGCUGUGCAAAUCCCAUGCAUUUUUACAGAGAACAAUCUGAAGUAUGACUAUUGCUUAGUUACUAUUCCUGCCUCUGCUGUUGUUUUUCUUACUGUGAAUGUUGGCAGAUCUGAGGAGGUUGUAUGUGAUAGUCCUUAAAGACCCCCUACACCCAACAUCUAAAGCUGAACUGAAGAAGAUGGACUCAGUUUACCUCUAUUUAAUGUGUGUAGCCUAUUCCAUAAUUUCGUUCCUGCUGAGGUGCAUCCUUUAGAGGGCUUCAUCACGCUUAAAGAAAAAGGAUACUGCAUUAUUGUACAGUAUUAUACAGUACUGUUUAUUUUGCAAUUUGAUACUAAGAGGAUAGGAAGGAAGAAAUAAUUGCUCUAUAAGAGGGAGGGUAAUUUCUUUAAAAAGACAAAGGGUUUCAGGCUAGAAUGAAUGCACUCAAGUGCAAAAUCUGUCAUUCGUUAGCAGAUAACCAUUUUCUUCCUCUUUAGUUUUUAGGUUCUAAACAGCAUCUACCACUUCCUUACAGGUAAUAGCAAGCAGGGACUACGUCUUCUUUUUAAAUUUGUAUAGUGAUCAUGGUGCUACUUUAACAUAUAUAAUAUGUGAUAAUGAACUAUGUGGAUGUUAGAGUCAAAAGCCAGAAGAGUUUGUGUGUGGAAGGACUGUAUGUAUGUGGAAGGGCUGUUCCCACUUGCCCCCCAAAAAACCUCAAAAAGCUUAGCUGAAACCUAAUGUCCUGUGAUACUUUGCUUUAUUACUGACUUGAUGCUGACCUUCCAGAUGUUCCACUCUGUCUACAAUAGCAGGACAUAAAGCUUUCUUUGAAAUCAUUAACUGCUUUAUUUCAAUUUAGAGUGAUUCCAAAUGGCCAUAGGAUUUGGAAAACUGAAGCUAAUCAUAAAAGCUGGCUGUGCUGGCCUGCGCUUUUAGACAGAAAGCUGAAACUGCUCCUGCCUACUGCCAGACCUCACAAAGGUUGUCCAUGCCUGAGUGAGGUGUUGAAAUACGAGGCGUUGGUGAGGCAGUAGUUGAGGGCAACCCAGGCAGCUGAGCUGACCUCGAAAACAGUGGCCUGAGACAUGUUCUGUGUCAUAUGCUAACGCUUGGUAUCUCCGGUGCAGUUCUUAGGUUGGGUUUUGAUCUGUGGAAACCUGUGCAAUCUGGAUCAUGGCCACGUGGCAUCCACUCUUGCAGCUGGCUGAGCUGUCCAGGACAGCUUCUUCUAGAUGUGCAUUCACAGGGAUGUGAUGGAGAGCGCUGAUUCUCCUCUUCAUUUAUCUACCAGCAUACAAGUUCAAGCAGGGGGAACAUAAAAAUGUCAUGUCUGUACUCGGGCUCUGUAUGGAAGAACUAAGUGUGAGGAUGGGAUGGCAUCCUUCCAGCCAGGGAGCAAUGCUUCCGGUGAUACUGUUGAUAUACUGUUUGUUAAUUUUUGUCCAUGAGCUGAGAGCUAUACAGGGAAACAUAUACACACAGCCAUUGCUUCCAGCAGAACCAUUUCCAAAAUGAUGCCAUUAAAAAAUUGUUUAAUUCCAACCAAAUCCAGAGCAAUAACCAUAAACAUAUCCAUCAACAAUGGCAAUGCUUACAUGUGUUUGCUAAAUGGGUUUUUGUUGUUGUUGUUGUUUUUUGUAAUGUCUGCAUUACACAUGCACAGCAUGACUUCAUGGCAGAACGGGUUUUUUAGUUGUCUGAAACCCACUGUGGGUGGAUGGGCCCUUCCCUAAAACUGCUUUUUAAAGUGCAAAUGAUCAUUUUCCAAUGAUCAAUAGAGGCCGGUACAGCUGAGAUGAAAACACCCAAAGAUGAAUCGAAUUUCCAUUUCUUGUGAUAUUUUACAGCCUCGGGUACCUUCCGUGAAUUCAGGCAAUUUUGUGAGUUGAAAUUUGGACUCAUAGCAUUUAUCACUGCUGCAAACUAAAUUACAUUCACGGUCCAAAAUUUUCAAUCCCCAAUACUUAAAAUGGAAGCAUUGAAGUUAGAUUUAGGAAGGUAUUAAGGGCUUAGUGGGACUUUCAGAAGCACCAGAUCGUCCUUAAGCCUUUAUAUAAUCCCACAUUUAAAAGGGUUUUUUUUCGAAGGUGCUAAACAUCCUCAUCUCUUGGUGGAUACUAAAGCAAUUAAUGCUUCACAGAGGUGCAUGGCAUAUUGAUGCCAGUACACAGAACAGUGUAUGAUCUCCAGAAAUGCUGCUUGCACCUUGCAAAAUAACUGUAAGGCAUGUAGUCAUUGGACUAACAUGAAGACAAGUUACAGUUAGUUAUGCCAUGGCUUUCCACCACUAUUUUUUGGUGAAUUUGCCUCCCUGAUAACUGCAUGAGCUAAUGCAGCAGAGAACAGAGCAAAACUAGAGCUGGGACUUUCAGAAGCCCCAGAUCAUCCUAGGGUGUUAACACAGUAAGCCAGUGAGAUGAUACAGUCUUUCAGAAGCAUUAACUUAGCUUCUGCCUAUACAGCAAUAUUUGAAAAGACCUAAAUAUAUUAAAUCAUUUCUGCACCUCCUCUUGUGUAAUCAGAGUGCAGCACAAGUCCUGUAUUUCAUUUUUUGAGAGUGCCAUUCUGCAACAUAGGGCUAGAUCCAAAGCUUAUCAAAAUACGAGUUGUGUGCCUUCAGCUUGUGUUGAAGUCAGCGGAGGAACUUGCUCAGUGCCUUCCAAAAGACAGUUAAUCGUUCAGACUCGCUCUCAAUUUCACGUCAGCAUCAAUCACAUCACCUCAUUAAAGGUGGAUAGAUAAUUAAACAUAGAUCUCCUGGCCAUGACUGAAUUUGGAAGGUAGAGAACUCGUGGAGUCUCACCCAGAAGAACCCCAUGCAGCAGGGUGCACUUGCACAGUACAUCCUUAUCCCUCUGCUAGGCAGGUGGCAGUCCUGCUGUACGACUGCUGGGAGCUCCCCACACGGAUAGAGGACGUGCAGGUCUGGAAUCAAACUGUGAUCUCAGCAGUGCUGGGAUCAACACAGUGCAGACACGGCUGCUAAGGCACUUCGAAUUAGUUCAAGCGUAGAGAUGUUUUCUUUAGCUUGGGAGUAUGUUAUGAUGUGGUCAGUAUUGAUAAGAUAAUCACCUGCUUACAAUUAAGCCAGCCCAUUACUGAUACCUUGGUCAGUUUGUCAUGUUUUAUUGCAAUAGUUUAUGCACCUUUUCUUAAAGCACACGAGCACUGGUUUGCACGAUGGUAAAUCCAGCUUAAAACACCAUUCAGAUUACUGAAUAUAUAGUUGGAGUUAUCAAAAAGAAAAGAUACUGGAGUUAUCAGUAGAAAAGAUACUGUUUUGCUUACAGUAUCUGGCCUAAUAAUGACAGUGUUUUAUAGAGACCUAACUCAAGCUCAGUGAUGUGCCAGGGGAAAAACUCCAAUUGAUUUUGAUGGGUUUUGGAGCAGUACUGUAACUGUAGCACUGCUCCAGGUUAUUCACAGGAAUUAAAUUACACUGGCAACUUGAAUAGUCCUUGGCCUUUUGUUAGGGCCAGUUCCGACUCUCAGAUGGGCAGGUGCACUUAAUAGGGUGAAAAUCCAGCCUUGGCAAAUGUCUUCUCUGACGUUGCUGACGUUUCAGAAGCAAAUUCAAGGAAUUUGAUCCAGAGAAUUAAUUCACAUCUGAGAGCAGAAUUUGGCCUUCUGGUUUUGAAUCCUUUUUUCUUUUUAAAGCAGUAGAAAUCAGCCUUACUGUCUCAGGAGUGUCUUUGAUCAGAAAUUAAAACCCCUUGGAUUGUAAACUGAGUAUUUCCAUUGUUGCGCCUGCAGAAUAGGGUUAGAAAGAGGUGAGGAAGCAUGGCAACGCUCCCUGCUCCCUUCUCAAAGGCUCAACUGUGGGCCAAAAACAUUCCUUUCUUUUUUGUUAAUGUUAUCUGUUAAAUGAGAUUACCUCAGUAUUUGGUGCAGGGAAUUACUGAAUUGUGUCUGGGAAACAGCAUCAACAUACUUGGUAUCCAUACAGCAGUGCAUACAAUGAUGGGGUGCAGCAGUGAUAGAUGGUCCAGUACAAACUGUCGUGCAAAUUCCUGUGCAAGCCCUGAGGUUUGUGAAGCUGGGAUACAAUGCUUUGGAAAGGUAGGACAUGAUUGGAAAUUCACCCGAGGCAAAAUGUAUUUCAUCCUCCAUCCAACAGAAUAAUUACAAGAAAAUUCUUGGAACUGAAAGUUCCUUUAGAGGGCUGGAAAACAGUGGAGAAUUUGUUGCUUCAUUGACAGAGAUUUUAAGAUCCAAGCAGCUUGAUAAAAUAAGUACUAAAAAAUUGUGAGUAACACCUUGAUGGUUGUUAACUUUUGUAUUUCACAGCAUGGCAGCAGAGUGGAAAAAGAUAACUGUGCAUGUGCUAUUCCUAUUAACAUCAAUGGCAGCUGGGCAAGCCAAGGCAGGAGAGAAUACAGUGACAUGCAGUGAUGCGUGCACCAAGCUGUACCAGAAUUAUAUAUACCAGAUACCAGAUAUAUUAUAUAUAUAUAUUAUAUAUACCAGAUUAUAAAUACCAGAACUUUAACACUGGGCAUGUUGGAAAGGAAGCACGCUGCCUUGGGGAGUCCCUUUCUUUAUAAUCAACUUUAGCUGCUCUGUAAUCCCUGAGCUGAGCAGGGAUGGCAACAAACAAGUUCCUUUUUUUUUUCCAGUGGAACAGACCUGGAGGCAGACCUGUUUUGUAUUUAUUUCUUCUACAGUUCUUUUUGCAUAUUUUCAGAUAUGCAAAAAAUAUCAGCUACAUUGUCAGUGCGCACAGAAGGCAUCACAUUCUGCAUUUGUAUACUAUGCAAGAUAUAUAUUAGAAGUUAAUAGCUUGUACGGGUGGCAUUUCAUACCCUCUGCAGAGGUGCAAGACACUGAAACUCAGGCUAUAACCUCGGUUACAGAAUAAAGCUAGCUAUGGAUAACUUGUCUAGAUCCCUUGCCUUGCACUGUGGCCAAACUCAGACUGUAAUGCUGUACAUUCGGAGUGGCUUGGACUCCAUCUCUCCCCUUGAUGCCUUUCCCUCCACAGAAUUGGCAUUUUGCUCUAUAAACAGCUCUUGCAAAAUGCCACGGGAGUAUUUUUCAGGUUCUCUGCCAUACAUGGGCUCUGCACUCACAUACCAGAGCUGUCACUUUAGGAGUCCCUUCUCCCUUCCCUCAUGGCACCAGAAGUACCAGCCCAGACUAAAACUGCAGUGCAGCAUUGCUCCCAGGCCUUCCUGAAUGCAGAAGACUUCAAGUUCAGGACUCGCUUGUUCUGUAAGUUAAAUACCUGUACAGUAAACUUCAUUCUGAAAUGUGCACAGCCUAUUUAAUGGACCUGUGACCAGAAAAUCCCAGAACCCAGCUACCUUUUAGAGAAGUGCAACUUCCUCAGUGAGCUGUGACUGGUCAGUAUUGCAUCAUUGCUUUCAUUAUUUAAUUAAGCUUCUACAAUCCCCAUAUUUGGGGGACAGCUACGUGUGUGAUCGUUUCCUGAUGUUUGGCAUAUGAGUACACAGAAUCGAGAAAAUGGGGGCUAUAAUCUAGACAGCUGACACGAGAUGUAUUUUCAUAACAGCCCAAGCUGGGUUACUGCUUAUAGUAUGUCCUCACCUUGAAGAAGAAGGAAUUGUUCCAGUAAAAUCCUCCUAACUCUUAAAGCUUUGUGAAAGAUACAAGCACACAGCUAUUAGACAUGUUUCAAGACAUGAUUCUUACCAACAGGCAAGUACUUCCCUUAGGAGCCAGCCUGUAAAAUGAAAUAAAACUGCCAGUACGCAACACAGAUGAAAAAUAAAUUGGCUUCUGGGUUCCAGAACUCUUCACUUUUAGCAAGUAUUCAUCAGUAUACGAAGGUGAGAAAUCAGAAUCACAGAAUCACAAAUCAGAUUUUAGUUUGGGAUUUUUUAGCAAGCUCUGUGAAAUGUGACAAUACCAGCUAUCUUAAGCCUGUACACUAAGAGCAUAUUACUGCAAAACGUUUAUUCACAGUCUUAAAAAUGAAUAAGCAGAACUGUCCUUAUGUUCAGACUGAGAAAUUAAAAGAUGUGUGUCUGGUCACCUGGAAAACACGUGCUUUCAAAAAUGUACCCCAAAUUGUUUGCAACUUCUAUGUUUCAUCUAUUAUUGUAAUUCCUUUUUACAACUGUGCUUGGAAAAAAAUGGAAAUAAAUUAGUUUUUAAGGAAGAGUAAGCUAGGAUAAAAGGAAAUACGGAUUAAAAGACUGGUAGGUACUGACUGUGGGAACAGUAGUAAUGAGGGGCUGUGUUUUUCCCAUAGCUUUUUCUUUAAACUCAGCUAUUUCAUUUUCAGGCUGAACUGAAAUCCCUUUCCCCUCCACAAUACUCAAACCGUGUAGAUUUGUUGGAAGUCCUCAAAGCAAUUACCAACACUUUAUCAACUGCGCAGGCAGAAAACAGUAAGGUUACUUGAAAGUGGCUGUUAUGAUUUUGUGACUGUACAUAGAUAUUGCAAAAUGUUAAUGGUAAAAUGCAUACUGUACCCCCAUAAACACUGCAAGAAUAGCAUGGUCAUUGUUAUGCUUUAUAGCUGUUGUGGAAAAUGUCUUAACCCGCAUUCAUGAUUAUAGUGCCAGUCCUACUCCCAUGCCUUUUUAUACAGUUGUGGUAAGAUUGUUAUGAAAUCCUUUUGUCAGUCAUGUUCAAGCUAACUUACCUGUGUAUAGAAUUUAUAUAUUAAAAACCCCUAAUUUAUACUGUGUUUUAACAGUUUGCCUGAACUGUCUAUGGUUUCUAAAUUUUGUAAUGUGAGUGUCAAAUAAGAAGAAUAAAAAAAAAUUGGCCCAGC